AUGUCGGCAGCUGCUUUAGCGCUCCCGCAACCGCUUCCAGCAGCCGUAGAUGACGCGUCGAGCGCGAUUUUGGGUGGCUUGAAUAGUGGCCUGAAUGGUGUCCUUGGCUCGCCUGACCAGCGCUACGAAGAUGGCGAAGGAGGACACGAACCCGGAUGUCAUUAUCGUCAUAGAGAAGAUAUCGCGAGGUGUAUAAAUGCGUGUGUGGCGCAGUGCGCGCCUCUCAACACGGCUGUGAAAGCCACCACGACGGCAAGAAGCAUCAUCAUCACGACAAACCCGCUCGCCGGGUCGACAAUCCGACCCCUAAAGACGGGGAUAUGGAAUGAGCUGCUUAUCUUGCUAUCGGACCUAUACGAAUAUAGUAAUUCGCCUCAACUCUGGGAGUUGUCAGCACUAUAA